ACUGAUCUGUGGCUUUUCUCUCGCUUAGGUGCCAAGAACCUGUACAUCAUAUCCGUCAAAGGCAUCAAGGGUCGUCUGAACAGGCUCCCCGCCGCUGGUGUGGGCGACAUGGUCAUGGCCACAGUGAAGAAAGGCAAGCCAGAGCUCAGGAAAAAGGUGCAUCCUGCGGUGGUGAUACGACAGCGGAAGUCGUAUCGGCGAAAAGAUGGCGUGUUUCUAUACUUUGAAGACAAUGCAGGGGUCAUAGUGAAUAACAAAGGAGAAAUGAAAGGCUCAGCUAUCACAGGACCCGUGGCCAAGGAAUGCGCAGACCUGUGGCCCAGGAUUGCUUCCAAUGCUGGUAGCAUUGCCUGAGCGCAAAUGUGGCUUGUCGUUUUCAAUAAAAUCCUCAAAGUUU